UCUACAAUAAUAAAUUUACUUUGAAAAUUAUUGUUAAGCAGGGAACAACAUUCGAAAGAUGUCGGAACAAGCGAAUCAAUGCCGCAAGCGUACUCAUGGAUCUCCCAUCGUGGGGGGCAAAAAUGCUAAGCGAUCCCGGGUUCAGCUGAGGGCAGCAUCUACAGAACUGAUGGAUAUGCCGCCAGAGAUUCUGGAGCACAUCUUCUCCUUGGUUGAAUCUCCUCAGAACCUGAUCAUAUCAUUGCAGGGAAUAACCAAUCAGUACACCGAAUACAUGAUGCAUCGACAUCGCUGCUUUGUGUAUGCCCAUCGUAAGCAACGGCGGGAGGGUCUACGAGAGCCCAUGGUCAGGGCCGCCUUGACGGUCUUGCAAGCGGCCACAGAUUACUUUAAGUGUGGCUAUGAGUCCCAUUUUGUGUUUAACUUGGCCUCCUUCCAUGUGCGUAUGUCCAAAUCCACCUCGAUAUCCCCCAUUUGCAUUCAUUUGAAGAAAUUCAUCUCCGAGUUCCUGCUCAGUGUGGAGAAGCCCUUGGGCAGCCACAACCGCAGCGCCCUAGCAGACUCCAAGAUGGGGGCACAUCAGCGUCGCCUGCGCUUGACGCUGACCCUAAUCAAUCUCCUCAGACAAUUUCGUUCCUUUACGAUUAUGAGUUCGGGCAUGAGGCUGAUGCAUUGGCACCUAAGGAUCGGGGUACAGUCCAUAUUUUUGCGCGUAGCGGAUCAGCGCGUCCGUCUUCGGGGCCUCGAGCACCACAUCCAUAUUGUGGGACUCAUUGCGGAGAUGCUGCUACAUGACCAGCUGAACGAUCCUUUCUACUGCAUCAAAACUGUCGACAACUUUACCUAUGGCUACGGCCUGAGCAUGACCAGAAAGCGCCCCAAUUCCAUGUUCUUCAAUUUCAAUAUCCUGGCACCGCAGAGCACCCUUCUUGUGCUGCAGAAGGCCGUUGACGGUGAGUUCGAUCCGACGAAUGUGGCACACUUGACGCCCGAUUCGGCAUUUAAUAUGCGCCUCGUGAUGACCGGCAAGAGCAAAAGCCAGGGGCUUUGCACUACGGACACUUUUAGCCUGCAGUUCUAGGCCAACCGGGACUGAUCGAUGCAAAUCAAUGAAUUGAAAUUAACAUUGGGGAGUGCACAUCCCAAUGCACCUUUACCUUCCGUGGCUGUGCAUUGCAUUUCCACACUCACAUUUUACGAACUCAUCAAUCGAUCAUUAAUUGUUUGGCUAAUUA